UCCCUCCACAGAAUGGACCUGUACGGCUUCCGCCAAAAACAAUAGAGACCAACUAGAGAUCGAGAUACAAACAAUGGGCAAGAAGCAUAAAAAGCACAAGUCCGAAAAACACGGAUAUGAAGAACACGUGGAGAGGCCACUGAAGCUGGUGUUAAAAGUGUCGGGAAACGAAGUGACGACGGGAAGCUCGAGCCGGGACACAUUUUACGACGAGCAGCCUGCGGACUUGGACAAACCCAAAGACAAGAAAAAGAAAAAGAAGAAGGAUAAAGAGAGGAGCCUUGGCUCACCAGAAGAUGACAGAGGAAAGAAAAAGAUGACUAAGAAGAAGAAGGGGCAGGAUGGAGAUGGAGAGGAUGACCGUGAGCAAAGCAGAACUCCCAUACGCUCAGAGCUGGAUAAGCAGGAAGAAAAAGAACAGACUCCCCUGCAAGAAGCUUUGUACCAGCUCAUCAGGCAGCUCCAAAGGAAAGACCCCAGUGCAUUCUUCUCAUUUCCUGUGACGGACUUCAUCGCUCCUGGCUACUCUUUAAUCAUCAAGCGUCCUAUGGACUUCAGCACAAUGAAGGACAAAGUAAAGAGAGAGAGCUACCAGUCAUUGGAUGAACUCAAGGUGGACUUCAGGAUCAUGUGUGAAAACGCCAUGAUUUACAACAAACCUGAGACGAUCUACCAUAAAGCUGCAAGAAAACUGCUGCACUCCGGCAUGAAGAUCCUGAGCCAGGAAAGACUGGACAGCCUGAAGAAGAGCAUAGACUUUAUGUCUGGCCUCGACCCUUCUGCCAAACACCAAGUAAAGACCGAGGAACAAGGGGGCAGCAGCCUGGACCAAAACAAGGAGGGACCCAUGACCACGGACAGCAGCGAGAGCUCCCAGACACCCAGCACACCCAGACAGGACAAGGACUCCAAGGAUGAAGCAGUGAAGGCAGAGAAAGAGCUUGAGGAAAUCCGCAAGGUCAUUGAGGAGUCUGGAGGAAAGCUCUCCAACAGACUGCUGCAAAGUGAUUUGGAGUUUGUGAGGCGGAAGUCUGAUGGCUCCACCACUCUGGCUAUCCUCAACCCGGCAGAUCCGUCAGCAGGAGAAGCUGGUUACUGUCCUGUCAAACUGGGCAUGAUGUCCAAUCGACUGCAGAACGGUGUGAACACCCUGCAGGGCUUCAGAGAGGACAAGAGGAACAGGAUCACUCCUGUGGCCUACAUGAAUUAUGGGCCGUUCACCUCUUACGCACCCACCUACGACUCCAGCUUCGCCAACGUCAGCAAGGAGGACUCUGACCUCAUCUACUCCGUCUAUGGAGACGAGUCCAGCCUGCAGGGCUCAGACAGCUUGUCAGAGUUCGUGGCCAGAUCAGACGAGUACGUGUACAAGAUGGCAGACAAUCUUCUGGAUGCAGUGACGAACGGAGAGCAUUCAAAGACCUUGAAGGAGGCCGAGCUUCAGACGGAGGGGCCAGACAAAUCACAAGGGGAGAAGGAUAGUGUGGAGGUAGCUGAAAGCAGUGUAGCGAACAGACUGGACUUCCUGCACUCCGCUGCAGGCCUGCAGACAGACGGGGAGCUCUCCGGGGAGGCCCUUCACUUCCAGCAGAAAUUGGACGAAACUACAAAGCUCCUGCGCGACUUGCAGGAAGCACAGAAGGAGCGUCUGAGCGCCAAGCAGCCACCAAACCUGAUCUGCUUGCUGGCCCCGACUACCAAGGAGCUGGAGCUGGCUGAGAAGGUCACUGGGAACCUGGCCGAGCUGACUGGUCAAGUGGCCCCAUGUGACGUGAGCAGCGUCUACGGCAUCAGGAAGGCCAUGGGCAUCGCUGUUCCUGCAGACCCACUGGAUCCCUUCAUUGACCUCACUACAGUGCAGGAGACGGCCGAACCAAUGGAGACGUUGUCAAGCUGUCCAGACGUGGUUCCAGUCGUCGCUGUGUAACAGAAUUCCAGGCUCCCUCUUUCAGUUUAAUAAAUUAACUUUUUGCACAAAAGGUGCUUUUUGUGUGACAUUUAUAUUCGACCAAUAAACCUUUUUAUAUAAACCUCG